GUCGUUCAGUGUGACUUCUGGAGUGCAGGACAGAGCUGCUUUUCUUCCAGCAUGGAAUCACAGCCCACGUACUGUAGGAACAGGUAACAACACAGAUAACCGGACUUGUGACAUUGAAAACACUCAAUGACAAAAGGACAGCAUUUGAAGACAAAAAAAAAAUCCUUAUAUUUAAAACUAUGAGGCUAUUGGCCCCAUAAGCACUGAGAAUCUGUUCUGUACUUUUUACCAUUCUGCAAAUUAAGGAGUAAAAACAUUUACAAAGCAUGAUUUGCACAUCUUUAAAUACGUAAUUUUAAGAAAGAAUGCAAUUAUUUAUAUAGUUUUUCUCUUCAGCUUUUGAAAGAAACUGAUGGAAAAUAUAUCCUAUUACAAAAUGUUUUCUCUCUCAAAACCCAAAGCUUCGGUGGCUCUUAAACAUAUUUUUUUUGCUUUAUCGCUUAUUCUCUACGUUUUGAUUAUCAUAGUAAAUUUUAUGCUGAUAGUUAUUAUCCUCCUAGAAAAAACUCUCCAUAAACCCAUGUAUAUCUUUCUGUGUAAUCUAUGUAUUAACGGAUUGUAUGGAACAGCUGGUUUCUACCCUAAAUUCCUAUUUGAUUUAUUUUCAGAUUCUUUUGAGAUUUCAUACAGUGCAUGCUUCUUGCAAGCUUUUGUGAUUUAUUCCUCUGCUUUGUGUGAACUUGCAACAUUAACGGUCAUGGCUUAUGACAGGUACAUUGCUAUAUGCAGGCCUUUAAACUAUCACUCAAUCAUGACAAAUACCCUUAUUGUAAAAUUGCUUCUAUUUUCCUGGAUUUUCCCUGCUUUCUCUUAUGGUGGAGCUCUACUGAUUACAAAUACUAUGUCAUUAUGUGGAUCCCACAUUGAUAAAUUUUAUUGCGACAACUUGCUUAUAAUGAAGCUGUCAUGUAAAUCCACUGACACUCAUAAAAGUUAUGGACUCAUUUGUACCGUAAUUUAUGUCUUGAUGGUACUUUUCAUAAUUUAUUCCUAUUGCACAUUGAUUUCUAGUUGUAGAAAAUGUGCAGAGAGCAAAAACAAGUUUAAGCAAACCUGUGUGCCACAUUUACUUUCCUUAGUUAAUUUCACAUUUGCUUUACUUUUUGAUACAAUGUACAGUCGAUAUGGAUCAAGAGAUUUCUCACAGGAUCUAUACAACAUCCUGACCUUAGAAUUUCUGGUAAUCCCACCUGUUCUCAAUCCUAUUAUUUAUGGAUUAAAACUGACGGAGGUUCGUAAAAGAGCCCUCAGAGUGUUUAUAAAUGUGAAAGUGACAGACUCUAAAUGAAAAGGAGAAACUCACUGCUUUAUGUGAAUUUGUGAAUGUGAAUUUGUAGUCUCCAUGUGAUUCAUAUUUUACCCUUAUAUUUGUAAAAUAAUUUGGAUAGAAAGGCAUUGCUUGGAUAUCUGCAAAGUACUGUAAAAAAUAUGGUUCAAUGUAUCCUCAAUAUGGGAACCCUAUGUGAUUUCUUAUUGUACAAAUCAUCUAUCCAUUAUCUAUACCCGCUUAUCCUGGGCAGGGUUGCGGGGGGGUGCUGGAGCUUACCC